AUGGCUUAUGCACAUUGCGUUGCGGCUGUUGCUUUCUGUGUCAUGUACCACGGCUUAGGUGCCAUGCGCCGUGAUCUUCUGAGCAAAAUCAACAACAAAAAUGAAACGAGAUGGAACAUACCAAGUACGAGAUGGGCUAAACUUGAUGUUGAUGGUUCUACCAACUUUAAUGGUAUAGCUGCUUGUGGAGGACUUAUAAGAGAUGAUAAGGGUAAUUGGAUUAAGAAUUUCUCCAAAAACCUUGGCUAUCAACCCAAAAUAGCUGCUGAACACUUAGGAAUAAUGGAAGGGCUGAACCUUUGCUGGAAUGCUAAGCUCACCAGAGUAAAUGUCUAUUCAAAUUUUGUAGAGGCUCUAUCUCUCAUUGAUUGCAACUUCAUUGAUAGCCACCCUCUCUCAGCUAUUAUCACAAACAUUAAGAAUAUCAUCAUGCAAGAUUGA